AUGUAUGAAAAACACACAAAAACAUUGGAAGCGGCGCGAACAGAGCUUGUCGAAUCGCUGCGUAAGAAUAAAGCAGAAGAUGCGAAGCGGUUGCUACAAAAAUACGACACAUUAAGAUCUGGAAAGGAUGAUUCUGGUCGAAUAGCAGUUCAUUGGGCAGCGAGUGGCGGUUGUUUAGAGAUCGUGCAGUUCUGUAUAUCACAACAAAAGGAUGACGCCAUAGCGUUGGAUGACAUGGGUUGGACACCACUGAUGAUUGCCUGUUCAGCUGGACGACUAGAAGUGGUUCGAUAUCUGGUUACUCUUCCCUUGGUGGAUGUUAAUACUCCAAAUAAUAAUAAACAAACUGCUUUACAUUAUGCUGCAAGUAAAAAUAGACCACAGAUUACGACAAUUUUAUUGAAAAAUGGUGCAAACGUAAAUGCACAGGACAAUUAUCAAGCAACACCACUACAUCGAGCCGCUUCUCAAGGUCACGAAAAGAUUGUACCUAUUUUGUUGAACGAACCAAGCUUAAGGAUUAAUCUCACCGAUUCUGCUGGUUGUACAGCACUGCAUUUGGCAGUGGAAGAACAACGAGAAGAUAUCGCUAUAUUGUUAGUGGAACACGGUGCUGAUUUAUAUUUCGAAAAUAAGGAAAAGCAAACACCUUUAGCUUUGGUGAAAACUAGUGAACUACGAAUGAAGUUAAAAGUUGCCGCCGACCGAUACUCAUCCAAAACUCGUUAA